GUCAUUCUCUUCCACAAAACUGUGACCAGAGAGUGUGAUUAAGAAAAAAGGAAGCUAUCAGCUUUCGAUGAACGAUCUCGAAAACAAAGACACGCACACGAACGAGCCAUCAGGACACGUGGCGGAACCGGUCAUGUCAGCGGCGGCGAUGGAUGGCGUGGCGGCUUUGCGAUCGGUGUUUCAGCGGGUGAACAAGGCGGCGGAGAAAGCGGGUCGCGCGUCGGAUCGGAUACGGGUCGUAGCGGUGAGCAAGACGAAGCCAGUUUCUCUGAUUCGGCAAGUGUACGACGCGGGUCAGAGGUCUUUUGGGGAGAACUACGUGCAGGAGAUCAUUGAGAAGGCCCCACAGCUUCCUGAAGAUAUAGAAUGGCAUUUCAUUGGGAAUCUGCAGAGUAACAAAGUGAAGCCUUUGCUAACUGGAGUGCCUAACCUUGUGAUGGUGGAAAGUGUGGACGAUGAGAAGAUUGCAAACAUGCUUGAUCGUGUGGUUGGAAACAUCGGAAGAAAGCCUUUGAAGGUCUUGGUCCAAGUGAAUACCAGUGGCGAAGAGUCGAAAUUCGGCGUGGAGCCCUGUGGAUGCGUAGGACUAGCAAAGCACGUGAAGGAAGCCUGCUCGAACCUCGAGUUUUCUGGUUUGAUGACGAUAGGGAUGGCUGAUUACACUUCAACCCCCGAGAACUUCAAGAUGCUUGCGAAAUGCAGAAGUGAAGUGUGUGAGGCGCUGGGAAUACCUGAGGAGCAGUGCGAGCUGUCGAUGGGGAUGUCUGGUGACUUUGAGUUAGCCAUUGAAUUGGGAAGCACAAAUGUGAGAAUAGGAUCGACGAUCUUCGGGGCGAGAGAGUAUCCUAAGAAAAAAUGAACUGCUUGCAAACACUUUGAAACUGUGAUUAAAAACAUCAAAACCAGUUUCCCAGGAAGAAUAAACAUAAACUGCUGUUUUAUUAUUGGUGGAAUGAUAUGUUGCAAGACAUAAUGUUAAUCAAAGCCCGUUUCUUCAGACA